AUGUAAAGUCCAUCUCUGUCCGUCUCUCGCUCGCUUUCGGAGUUCCAAUCGUACAACAAUGGAAGCCACGAAAGCCUCCUCUGUAAUUGCUUUCACAGCAAAACUAAAGAAGGCUUCUCUGCUUUGGCUUGAAGGCUUCAGAGAAGCCUGUUGUCUUCAUCGCGUUUUCCUUCUCUGUCUCAGGUCAAGAAAGCUUUCGAUUCGCACAGGUCAAUGUUUUCUAUUAAAUGGUUUCAUUUUCUUGGGGAGUAUUUUCCUCCUAAACAAAGUUAUCAUCCCAAUGCUACAUUGGAUAUUACCUGAUGACUGUGCACAGUUUAAUUCUCAACAACUCUGCUCGUUUGGGGGUGUUUUAAAAUUUUAUUCCUUCUUACGUGUUCAGCUCAUACAACUCUUUUAUAUAACGUGGUUCUACCCAUUGUAUGUAUUCAGCUUUAUUCUGAGCACCCUCUGGUACAGUGAUAUUGCUGAGUGUGGUUUUGCUGCUGCAGACAGAUCUGAGCCCUUGAAAAAGGAUGGCUUGAGACAGAAAGAGAUGUUGACCUUGCAAAAUACAGGUCGGGUGGGAAGACCUGCUGGCCUGGGAGGGGUUAUGAUUGGAAUAGGAGAGCAGGUGUAUUCAAUACUUCUUUUGACCGUCUUCUUCAUAGAGGUUUUUGCAACAGGGUUUGUACCCUACUUGGGGAAGGCAAUAAAUUUUCUACUUCUUUCUUGGAUAUAUGCCUAUUACAGUUUCGAGUACAAAUGGAAUCAUGCUGAGAUUGUUCUGGACAAGAGGCUGAACCUUUUUGAAUCUAACUGGGCAUUCUUUGCUGGUUUUGGAAGCCCAUGUGUUCUUCCUGUUCUCUUCUUCUCACCUCUCGUGACAUAUGGCAUUAUGGCCAUACUGUUUCCAUUGUUUGUUCUGACAGCAACUGAUUCAGAGGCCGAGAAAGUUCUCUCUUCUCAAAGAACAAAAUGGGCAGACACAGAAUUGGGAAGGCUUCCAAUAUUUUACGCUGCUGAUACUUUAUUAUUGCGCAUCUUGUCGCUUUUGCCGUUCGAAUCCCAGCAACAGCCGAAAGACAAUAAGGCACUCUAAAAUUUUUGGCUUUAAGCUUGCACGUCCUCAGAACAAGAAGCCAAAUUGCAAGAGAUUUGUACAGUGCUUGCUUUAAGUACCAUUCCUUGAUCUCUCUUCCCAUCAGAAUAAUGAAUGGUUUUGCAAGCCGAUAAGCCAGAAGACACAAAAAAAUUGACUCUAAUCCUUCAAGAUCAAGUAUCAUCAACAACUUGGAGGUAUCUUGUGUUUAUUUUAAUGUACAUAGGAAAAUGGGUUUAACAAAAGUCUCAUAUUGAUUUCCAAAACCAAGAGAAAAAAAAAAAAAAAAAAGGGUUUCAUCUGUAUAGAAAUUAGUUAAAAGGUAGUUUGUCAUUGUUUCCGCUACAUGGUUAUAGUCUUGUUGGUCAGUUAUUGAAUGAAUGUUUACCAACAAUGAUUUCAUCAGCUUUGAAGCUAUUUACUGCUUUCUCUUUCUGUAAAAAUGUAAAUUUAGUGCGUCCUUUUUUGGAAAAAAAAAAAAAAGGGUUCCCUUUGGCAGUGUCAUGUCGUUUUAGAACCUUCUGCAGAAUCUAUUCGAUUUGGUUGGUCGUUGUCCCAUCUGCGUCAUCAUAUAACUAUUCUCUGAAUUGGACGGUAUGACCUAUUAGAUCAUGUGUAUAUCCUUGGGUCUUUUCUACCCAUUUUCACUCGAUUAUCAUAUAGCUAAA